UAUAGAUAGAUAAAUUAUAUUCAGAAUUUCGGUCUUUAAUUAAUAACCCCAUUUUGGAAAAAGAAAAAAAAAAGAAAAACGAAAAAAAACACCUGACAAAUCCCUCGAUGAAAACGCCAUUCUAAAACCAAAGCGCCAUUCCCACUUUUUCUAGACCCAAAUUCGAAAUUCAAAUUUCAAAUCUCACAAUUCGACCCGACCGUUAACCCCCCUCCUCCUUCCGCUCCCCUUUAUACUUACAGAUCUGCCAUUUCCUCAGUCAUUUCGUCUCUUUUUUUCCGAUCAAAGACACCAUCUCUGUGUCUCUCGUAAAAAACCCUAACCAUGGCGGCAGCCGCCGGGAAGAAAUCCUCAAAGCUUCCGCUCCAAUCGAGCAACAACGCCAACAUCCCAGUUUUACCUACCGGAAAAACCAUCGAAGAAACUUACCAGAAGAAAACUCAGCUCGAACACAUCCUCCUUCGCCCAGACACUUACAUCGGGUCCGUUGAAGCCCACACACAGAGGCUAUGGGUUUACGAGAACAACUCCCUGGUGGAACGAGAGAUUUCGUAUGUCCCUGGGCUUUACAAGAUCUUCGACGAGAUUCUGGUGAACGCCGCCGACAAUAAACAGAGGGACCCUAAGAUGAACUCGCUAAAGGUGGUGAUUGAUGUGGAGGAGAAUUCUAUUAGUGUUUACAACAACGGGGAUGGGGUUCCGGUUGAGAUUCAUCAGGAGGAAGGGGUUUAUGUUCCUGAGUUGAUUUUUGGGCAUCUGUUGACCAGCAGUAAUUAUGACGACACGCAGAAGAAGACUACUGGUGGGAGGAACGGCUAUGGGGCUAAGCUCACGAAUAUUUUCUCUACUGAGUUUGUGAUUGAAACUGCUGAUGGGAAGAGGCAGAGGAAGUACAAACAGGUUUUCUCUAACAACAUGGGAACUAAAUCUCAACCAAUUAUAACUAAGUGCAAAGAGAGUGAGAAUUGGACCAAGGUUACGUUCAAGCCUGAUUUGGCAAAGUUUAAUAUGACUCGUCUCGAGGAUGAUGUUGUUGCUCUGAUGAAGAAGCGUGUAGUUGACAUGGCAGGAUGUCUAGGAGAAACAGUGAAGGUUGAAUUAAAUGGGCAGAAGGUUCCGGUCAAAUCUUUCAAGGAUUAUUGUAACCUUUACCUUCAAUCUGCUAGAAAGCCCGGGGAAGAUCCCCAUGAAAUUAUCCACGAGAAAGUUAAUGACCGUUGGGAGGUUGUUGUGAGUCUGAGUGAAGGAGGACAGUUUCAGCAGGUCAGCUUUGUAAACAGUAUUGCAACAAUCAAGGGUGGCACUCAUGUUGAUUAUGUCACCAAUCAGAUAAUAAGUCAUAUCAUUGAUACUGGUGCAAAAAGGAAGAAAAAUAAAUUUAAUGUUAAAGCUCCUGCAGUCAGAAAUCAUUUGUGGGUGUUUGUCAAUGCUCUAAUUGACAACCCUGCUUUUGAUUCUCAAACUAAGGAAAAUUUGACACUGAAACAAAGCAAUUUUGGUUCUAAAUGCUCUCUCACAGAUGCUUUCCUUGAUAAAGUGUUCAAGAAGUCUGGAGUUGUAGAAAAACUUGAAGAAUGGGUGAACUUCAAGUUAAGCAAAGACCUCAAGAAAACUGAUGGAACUAAAAAACAGAGAAUAACUGGACUAGCAAAACUUACCGAUGCUAAUGAUGCUGGGGGCAAAAACUCUGAGAAAUGCACAUUGAUCUUGACUGAAGGGGACUCAGCAAAGGCUCUUGCUCUGGCUGGAAUCUCAGUUGUUGGGAAAGAUCACUAUGGAGUUUUCCCCUUGAGAGGCAAGCUCUUGAAUGUUAGGGAAGCUAGCCAUAAGCAGAUAAUGGAAAAUGCUGAGAUUCAACAUAUCAAGAAAAUUCUAGGUCUCCAGCAAGAUAAAGUGUAUGACAAUGUGAAAUCUCUAAGAUAUGGUCACUUGAUGAUCAUGACGGAUCAGGAUCAUGAUGGCUCUCACAUCAAGGGGCUCUUGAUCAACUUUAUCCACAAAUUUUGGCCAUCGUUGUUGAAAAUUCCAUCCUUUUUAGUGGAGUUUAUCACUCCUAUUGUGAAGGCAUUUGAUAAGAAAAAUGAAGAUAUAUUUGUGUCAUUUUAUUCAAUGCCUGAAUAUGAGGCAUGGAAGGAAAACUUGGGAAAUGAUGCAAAGCGCUGGCGAAUCAAGUACUACAAGGGGUUGGGUACAAGCGAUGCAAAUGAAGGAAAGCAGUAUUUUGAGGAUAUUGAGAAGCACAAGAAAGAUUUUAUUUGGGAGGAUGAACAGGAUGGAGAAGCAAUAGAACUUGCCUUCAGUAAGAAGAAGAUUGAAGAAAGGAAAAAUUGGCUUCGACAAUUUGAGCCUGGGACCUGUCUGGAUCAGAAAGAAAAGUUAAUCAAGUAUCGAGACUUUGUGAACAAGGAACUCAUAUUGUUUUCGAUGGCAGAUCUCCAGAGAUCGAUUCCAUCAAUGGUUGAUGGCCUGAAGCCAGGUCAAAGAAAGAUUCUCUAUUGUGCCUUUAAGAGGAAAAACUUUCAUAUCGUGGAAGCAAAAGUGGCCCAGUUUGCUGGUUAUGUUUCUGAACACUCUGCUUAUCAUCAUGGCGAGCAAAGCCUUGCAAGUACCAUUAUUGGUAUGGCUCAGCAUUUUGUAGGCAGCAAUAACAUUGAAUUCCUCCAGCCAAAAGGUCAAUUUGGGACACGAAAUCAGGGUGGGAAAGAUGCUGCAAGCCCAAGGUAUAUAUUUACUAAACUUGCCCCUAUUACGCGUAUCCUAUUCCCUAAGGAUGACGACGGUAUCCUUGAUUACUUGAAAGAAGAUGGGCAGCCUAUUGAGCCUACUUGGUACAUUCCUAUAAUCCCAAUGGUACUUGUAAAUGGAAGCGAAGGGAUCGGUACAGGAUGGAGUUCCUUUAUUCCAAAUUAUAAUCCAAGGGAUAUCAUUGCAAACAUUAGACGUUUGCUUAAUGAUGAAUCAAUGGAACCCAUGCAUCCUUGGUAUAGAGGUUUCAGUGGAACUAUCCAGAAAACAGGUCCUACUAGCUAUACCGCAAGUGGAGUUGUGGAAGAAAUUGAUGGUUCACCUGGUGUUAGGGUGACAGAACUGCCGAUCAGGAAGUGGACGCAGGAGUACAAGGAGUUUUUGGAAUCAGUUAUGGUUGGAAGUGAAAAGACCAAGGAUCAGUUCAUUGAGGAAUAUAGGGACCAAUCCGAUGUUACUUCUGUGUAUUUUGAAAUUUACAUGUCUGAGGAGAAUCUAAGAAAGGCCAAAGAAGAGGACGGGGGUUUACUUAAGAAAUUCAAGCUUACCACCACAAUUAACACUAGCAACAUGCACCUGUUUGACUCACGUGGUGUUAUCAAGAAAUAUGACACCCCCGAACAGAUUCUGGAGGAUUUCUUCCAUUUAAGGCUCGAGUAUUAUGACAAAAGAAAGAUGUUCCUUUUGGGUAAGCUGCAGAUGGAGUUACUGAAGCUACAAAACAAAGUCCGAUUCAUCCGAGAAGUAUUGGAAGGUUCAAUCAUUGUGAGCAAGAGAAGAAAAGCAGAUCUGUUCGUAGAACUGAAAGAAAAAGGUUUCACCCCUUUCCCUAAGAAAAAGAGUGAUGAAGUAGCUGUUGCUGGGGAAACGGAAGAAACAGAGGAAGAAACAGAAGAGAAGUCGGAAGUAGACAACAGCAAAGAAGUUGGUGGGGCAGGUGAUUAUGACUAUUUGCUCUCCAUGUCUAUAGGGACCCUAACCGAAGAGAAAUAUGAAGAGCUCUGCGAUGAGAGAAAGAAGGCUCAGAAGAACCUGGAUGAUUUGAGAAAUACACCCCCAAAAGAUCUGUGGAUAAAGGAUCUUGAGGCUCUUGACGAACAACUUGAUGCAGAAGAUGAAGGAUAUUACAAUGCAAAGAAGGCAGGAGACAAGAUGAGGGAGAAAGCAAUGAAAGGUCGGCAGGCUCAAAAAGCUCCCCGGAAGUAUACCAAGAAGGUUAGCAAAAAGGAGCCAACCGCUGAACCCAUGGAAAUUUCAGAAAAUUCAGCCAUGGAGACAGUUGGUAUUCCUGAGGUACCGAAGGCAAAAGGCAAAGCAGGUCCAAAGAAACCUGCUAGAAAGGGAAAAUCUUCCACUGUACAACUGAAGGAUGAAGAAGAUGAUGAUGAUAUGCCUGAACGAAAAGACAGACAAGAACCCAUGGAAAUAUCAGAAAAUUCAACCAUGGAGACAGAUACUGUUCCUGAGGUACCCAAGGGAAAAGGCAAAGCAGACCCGAAGAAACCUGCUAGAAAGGUCAGGAUCAGAACACAAUAUGCAUAAAUCUACAGUGAAAAACUGGAAAAAGAUCAUACAAUGCCGACACUAUUAUCUGUUUACCAUGUUUUUGUUUUCAUAAUUGUAAUGAGCAGGUAAAAUCCUCCAAUGCAUCUGAUGAAGAAGAUCAAAUACCUGAACUAAAAGACAGACUUCAAGCCUUCAACCUUGGGUCUUCUUCCCCUGAACUAGAAGGUAAAUUUUCUCAGCUGCUUUACUUCCACAUAUUUUUCUCUCAAGUUCUUCUUUUGUCAGGUAAAUUAUUUACUUAUAGUUUGAUAACAUGUGUCCUUGUUAAUGAUUUGUCUUCAACAAAAGUGAAUGAAGUUCAGAGAAGAGAACCCAGCAAAAGAGCUAUCACCAGGAAGCCUUUAACAAGUGUUACACAGAUUUCUGAUGAUGAUGAGGAUGAGAUUGAGGUCAGCGAUGAUGAAGACUUUGACUUAGGUGUGGAGGUGGCUUCAAAAGAGAAAGGAAGGAAGAAACCAGCUAACACCAAAGCAGUAAAGCCUCCUGCAGCUGCUACUAAGAAAAGAGGACCUGUGGCUAAGAAAACUCAGCUUGUAGGCCAGAAGCUAAUAACUGAGGUUUUGAAGCCUGCGGAGAGUUCUGAUGUUUCGCCCGAGAAGAAAGUGAGAAGAAUGAGACCAUCACCAUUCAACAAAAAGAGUGGCUCUAAGUUGGGAAACGUAAGUCAGGAAAUAGAAGAACACCCUGCUUCUGCUUCUGGUUCAGGGAGCACAGAUGAAUCUGCUCAGUUGUUCGCUCCAAGAACCAGACCACAGAGGGCCGGGGGUCGUGGUAAAGCUGUAUACGUCGUGAGUGAAUCUGAAGAGGAUGUAAUCUCGAAUGACUCGGACUUCAACGUAGAAGACGAUGACUCCGAGUGAUACACAAACUUUCAGCAGUGGAAGAUAAACUAACUAGUUUCUGUAGUGUUAUUGUAAUCAGCUUGCGGCUUAACAUCUCGUUUGCAUGCUCCUGACUUCUACCUUAUUCUUGUAGGAGAUGAGGAAACAGUCUUUUCUCUUACUUUCACUAGAAUGGCAGUGUGGAAAAACUGGAAACUGUAGUCAUCUUACAAUGGGUGAUUUGUUGAAUAUUGUCUCAGGCUAUAUUAGCUUUUGCUUCCAUUUACGUGUGCUCUUUCUCUUUUGUGAUGUUUUCUGGCAUGUGUUGUGCUUAUCAUUCGCAUUUUUUGAUGCAAAGUGUUGAUUGACCUUGAGAAUUCUUGUGAUGAACCACCCACAAUGAUUUUUGAAAAGUUUGGCCAUGAAUUCUGUUGAUGCUCAUUUUACCAGAUACUGUUGAU